GAGACGCGAGCGAGCAGACAAGACGGAUUUCUCGCCAAUAAAGAUGAGGAGUAAAAGCAGCCGGCGCUUGUAGAAAACAAGGAGCCUCUGAUUCAUUCGUUUGCAGCGGGAUUUGCUUCUUUUUAUCUCGGCGUGCUGGAUGCAUGUUCCCCUGCCUGUCUGUGCGCUGUGCUCCUGCAUGGAUCUUUGACUAAUGGGGCUUUUUGUACUAUAGCCUGCCUCAAAACCCCAUAGACUACCUGCCCAGGUCUCAUGUAGUCUACCUUCCCUCGCCUCUGUAGGUAGGUCAGCUGACUGUGAGCCGCAAAACCUGAGAUCGCCUCCUAAAGCUUUUCAAGAAAAAAUGUGAUUCCCUGCCCUUCCCAAGGAGGUACCCAAGCCCCUUCGCUGGCACUGGAAACGGAAGAUUGUACUGGAUUACAUUUUUCCCCCUCCCCAAUAUAUUUCAAAGGAAGCGGAGGCCUUUCCCUGGUCAUUUGCCUUUACCUGCUUUGCCAAAAUGAGCGUCGGUUUAAUUGAACCAACCAACAGGAGCGGAGUCUAAAUACACGCCGCUCAAGAGAACCUCCCGACAAGGAGUUCGUAGGGUUUUUUUUUUUUUUCUUCCUCCUUCCCAGAUUUUCUGAAGUCGUUGGCCUGGAUAAAAUGGAAAGCGAGGUUUUCACCCCGUUGCUGGAGCAGUUCUUGCUCACGCCUCUGGUCUCCUGGGUGAAGACAGUCGGGCAGCCCACAGUGAACGAUGGCACCAAAUUAUCGGAAUAUAUAGAAUUAGUGGAUGGGAUUUACCUGAAUGAGAUAAUGCUGGAGAUAAACCCCAAAGCUACCGUGCAGAGGACCAACAAGAAAGUGAACAAUGAUCCGACGCUGCGCAUCCAGAACCUCACUAUCCUCAUCAGGCAGAUUAAAGCCUAUUAUCAGGACAGUCUGCAGCAGCUGGUGAUGAUGCCUCUCCCUAAUGUGCUGGUGCUGGGCCGGAACCCUCUCUCUGAGCAAGGGCUGGAGGAGAUGAAGAAACUUCUGCUGCUGCUGCUUGGCUGUGCUGUCCAGUGUGAGAGGAAGGAAGAGUACAUUGAGCGCAUCCAGACUCUGGACUUUGACACCAAAGCUGCCAUAGCAUCCCAUAUCCAAGAGGUGACUCAUAACCAGGAGAAUGUAGUGGACCUGCAGUGGCUGGAAAGUGGGGAAAUGCCUCCUGAAGACCUGGACAACCUCUCCAGGAACCUGGCCUUCCACCUCAAACGCCUGGUGGAUGAGAGGGACACACAACUAGAGACUAUAGUGGAGUUAACCCAGGAGAGGGACUGUGUCCAGCUGUCUCCUCUAGCUCCCUGUCCCGCUCCAUCUCCCAGUGACUCCCCCAGCAUGAGGAGGACUGAGAGCCGACAGCACCUUUCUGUGGAGCUGGCCGAUGCCAAGGCCAAGAUCAGACGCCUGCGGCAGGAACUAGAAGAGAAGAGUGAGCAGCUUUUGGACACCAAACAGGAGCUGGAGAACAUGGAGGUUGAGCUCAAGAGGCUACAGCAGGAGAGUUACCAGCUGCUGUCGGAUGCACGGUCAGCUCGGGCCUACCGGGACGAGCUGGACGCGCUCAGGGAGAAGGCCAUCCGCGUGGACAAACUGGAGAGUGAGCUGAGCCGAUACAAGGAGAAGCUUCACGACAUUGAGUUUUACAAGGCCAGAGUGGAGGAGCUGAAGGAGGACAACCAGAUCCUGCUGGAGACCAAGACCAUGCUGGAGGAGCAGCUGGAUGGGAGCAGGGCUCGCUCUGAUAAACUGCACCUCCUGGAGAAGGAGAGCCUGCAGCUCAAAUCCAAGAUCCACGACCUGGAGAUGGAGCGGGACCUGGACCGUAAGCGCAUGGAGGAGCUGCUGGAGGAGAACUUGGUGCUGGAGAUGGCCCAGAAACAGAGCAUGGACGAGUCCCUGCACCUGGGCUGGGAGCUGGAGCAACUGUCCAAGACGCCUGAGCUGACUGAAGUCCCCCAGAAGUCCCUGGGCGAGGAGGUGAACGAGCUGACGUCCAGCCGCCUGCUGAAGCUGGAGAAAGACAACCAGACUCUGCUGAAGACGGUGGAGGAGCUCAGAGGAGCCGCCAGUCAGGACGCCUCUGGAAAACUGACCAAGGCCAACCAGGAAAACCAGAGACUCAACCAGAAACUGGAGCAGCUGGAGGCUGAGCUGACAACAGACAGAGACUCUCUCCGCAGCGCAGAGUCGCUCAGCACCGACCUGAUGAAAGAGAAGGCUUUACUGGAGAAGACUCUGGAAACGCUCAGGGAGAACUCCGAGAGACAGCUCAAAGGUCUGGAGCAAGAGAACAAGCACCUGAGCCAGACGGUGACAUCCCUGCGCCAGCGCUGCCAGGUGGGAGCUGAAGCCCGAGUCAAAGACGUGGAGAAGGAGAAUCGCGUCCUGCACGAGUCCAUCUGCGAGACCAGCGCCAAACUUAACAAGAUGGAGUUUGAGAGGAAACAACUACGUAAGGAGCUGGAGGUGUUGAAGGAGAAAGGUGAGAGAGCAGAGGACUUGGAGAUUCAGGUGCAGAAGCUGGAGAGGGACAACGAGAGUCUGCAGAAGAAAGUGGCCAGUCUUGGCAUCACCUGUGAAAAGGUGUCGUCCUUGGAGAAGGAGAACACUGAGCUGGAGACGGAGGGCCGCCGUCUGAAGAAGAAGGUGGAUGCUCUGAAGAACAUGGCCUUCCAGCUGGAGGCUCUGGAGAAGGAGAACUCCCAGCUGGAGCAUGAGAACCUGGAGCUGCGGCGCUCGGCCGAGAGCCUCCGGUCCGCAGGGGCCAAGGCCGCUCAGCUGGAAGCGGAGAACAGGGAGCUGGAAAGUGAGAGGAGCCAGCUGAAACGCAGCCUGGAGCUGCUCAAGGCCUCCUCCAAGAAGACCGAGAGAUUAGAGGUGAGUUACCAGGGCCUAGAUACAGAGAACCAGCGCUUACAGAAGGCUUUAGAAAACAGCAGCAAGAAGAUCCAGCAGCUGGAGGCAGAGCUGCAGGAGGUGGAGGCCGAGAAUCAGACCCUCCAACGCAACUUGGAAGAGCUCAAGAUCUCCAGUAAGCGCCUGGAGCAGCUGGAGCAGGAGAACAAGACACUGGAGCAGGAGAGCUCCCAGCUGGAGAAAGACAAGAAGCUCCUGGAGAAGGAGAACAAGCGGCUGAGACAGCAGGCCGAGAUCCGCGACUCCAAGCUGGACGACAGCAACCAGCGGAUCUCUGCCCUGGAGAAGGAGAACCGCACCAUGGGCAAGGAGAUGAUCUUCUUCAGGGACUCGUGCACCAGGGUCAAAGACUUGGAGAAGGAGAACAAGGAGCUGGUCAAACAGGCCACCAUUGAUAAGAAGACCCUGGUCACUCUCCGAGAGGAGCUGGUGAGUGAGAAACUGCGGACUCAGCAGAUGAAUAAUGACCUGGAGAAGCUGACCCAUGAGCUGGAGAAGAUCGGUCUCAACAAGGAGAGGCUCCUGCAUGAUGAGCAGAGCUCUGAUGACAGGUUCAAGCUGCUGGAGUCCAAACUAGAGUCGACUCUUAAGUCAUCUCUGGAGAUUAAGGAGGAGAAGAUCGCCGCCCUGGAGGCCAGACUGCAGGAGUCGUCUAACCUCAACCAGCAGCUUCGCCAGGAGCUCAAGACAGUGAAGAAGAACUAUGAGGCGCUGCGGCAGAGGGAGGAAGAGGAGAGGAUGGUGCAGAGCUCGCCCCCUAGAGGAGGGGAGGACCCGCAGGCUGUCAGUAAGUGGGAGAAGGAGAGCCACGAGGCCACCAGGGAGCUGCUGAAGGUCAAAGACAGACUCAUCGAGGUGGAGAGGAAUAAUGCCACGCUCCAGGCUGAGAAGGCAGCCUUGAGGAGCCAGCUCAAACAGCUGGAGACUCAAAGCAGCAACCUGCAGGCUCAGAUCGUGGCUGUACAGCGACAGACUGCCUCCCUGCAGGAGAACAACACAACGCUACAGACGCAGAACGCCAAGCUGCAGGUGGAAAACUCCACCCUGAGCUCUCAGAGCGCCGCCCUCAUGGCGCAGAAUGCCCAGCUGCAGAGCCAGCAGAGCAGCGUGGAGGGCGAGCGGGAGGGAGCACUGAAGGAGAAAGAGGAGCUGAGGAGCACCUACGAGCUGCUCCUGCGCGACCACGAGAAGCUGGCGGCGCUCCACGAGAGGCAGGCGGCCGAAUACGAGGCGCUGAUUGGGAAGCACGGAGGCCUGAAGAGCUCCCACAAGAGCCUGGAGCAGCAGCACAGGGAGCUGGAGGACAGGUACAAGCAGCUGCUUCAGAGGAAGGGGGAGCUGGAGGAGCUGGAGCGAAAUCUAAAGGAGCAGCAGGAGAAAAUGGUGCUGGAGAACCAAACCCACCAAGCCACAGCCGACCAGUGCAAACUGCUCAAAGAGGAGAAUGACAGGCUGAACACCACAUAUCGUCAGCUGUUGAAGGACAACGAGGCUCUUCAGCUGGACCACAAGAACGUGAAGAGCCAGCUGAACAGCGCCAAGCUGGAGCAGACCAAACUGGAGGCGGAGUUCUCCAAGCUGAAGGAGCAGUACCAGCAGCUCGACAUCACCUCCACCAAGCUCACCAACCAGUGUGAGUUGUUAAGCCAGCUGAAAGGGAACCUGGAGGAGGAGAAUCGCCACCUGUUGGACCAGAUCCAGACCCUGAUGCUGCAGAACCGCACCCUGCUGGAGCAGACCAUGGAGAGCAAGGACCUGUUCCAUGUAGAGCAGAGACAAUACAUAGACAAGCUGAAUGAACUGAGGAGACAGAAGGAGAAGCUGGAGGAGAAGAUCAUGGACCAGUACAAGUUCUAUGACCCCUCACCUCCACGCAGGCGUGGAAAUUGGAUCACGCUGAAGAUGAGGAAGCUGAUCAAGCCGAAGAGCCGGGAGCGGAUGCGUUCCCUGACCCUGACUCCGUCCCGUUCGGAGUCCAGCGACGGUUUCCUGGCUUUCCCUCCGGACAGCCAGGACAGCUCCUCUGUCGGCUCCGGCUCCAACUCCCUGGACGACGCUCUCACGCACAAGAGGAGCAGCACUCUGAAAAGGUUGCCUUUCAUGAGGAACAGAUCCAAGGACAAAGACAAGGCCAAGGCCAUCUACCGACGCUCCAUGUCCAUGAACGACUUGCUGCAGAGCAUGGCGGUGGCGGGGGGUCCUGGGGCUCAGUGGGCGGGCAGCACCGAGAACCUAGAUGGACCUGAGGGUGGUGAGGCCGGCAUGACGGGCUCCAGCGGGCGAAGCAGUCAGCGCAUGAAGGAGCUAGCCUUUUCCACCAACGCCAUCGACUGUGCCGCCCUCACCCUGCCUACUGCCAGCCACAGCAGGGCAAAGCACCGGCUUCGGGUCAAAGACAACGCCUCCUGUGAGGACGUGGCAGGCUCCUCGGAGGACCCCAGAGGUCAAGGCCUGCAGGUGUAUCGCAGUGCUUUGGCUCUGUGUCCUUCCCCUGUUGAGCUGAGCGCUGUGUGCAGAGUGCCAUGUAGCAUCUGUACCUCCAGACCCACCAGUCUCCAUAGCAACAGGACCACCAGUAGUAAUAGUAACAAUAACUCCCACCUCACCUCUCCUCUGGAGGGCAAAGGCACGUUGAACGGCAGCCUCAGCAGGCCCCACAGUGAGAGCAGCGGAGAGUUCAGCCUCAGCCUGGACCAGGAGGUGUGGUCCAGCAGCGGCAGCAGUCCCGUCCAGCAGCCACCCUCCUCACGCUCCUCCCACCAGAGCCCCCUGCAGCUGCGCCGGUCCUUGGAUCCAUCCACCAUGACGGGCAGUCCUGGACAGACCCAGAUAAGGAAGACGGGGUCCCCAGGAAGCGAGGUACUGUCCCUCCAACAGUUCCUGGAUGAGGGCAUUGACCCUGCUGAGUCUGGCAGCCAGGAGAACCUCACUGUGGACUCUCCCCGCCUCUCCGCUUCCUCCGAUCAUGUGCAAAAGGACCGCUCUUCUUCAAAGGCGCGGGGCAUCUUGCGCUCAUCAAGUGGGAGAGCUGCGCCGGUCAGCUCAGACCGACCCCCACGAUCCACCGGACAACCAGGGCGCCCGACUCUCCGGAAGGCGGAGAGCACUCGCGUCAAGGGCUCGGUCCAGGUCCGGCCCAGCCUGUCUACACAAGGCAAAGCCACGUCUGUCUCUGAGCGCCUGGACUCCUCCUCCUCCGCCACUCUUCCCCGGGCUAGCAGCGUCAUCUCCACGGCUGAGGGCACCACGCGGCGCACCAGCAUCCACGACAUGCUCUCGAAGGAUCACCGGCAGCCCGUGUCUGUCGACCCCUCUCCUCCCGUCUCCUCCACCAAGGCCGGGGUGCGCUCCCAGCCGACCCCCAGUGAGUACCUCCCAAACAGCAUCAACUCCAAACCUGAGCCCGCCCUCGCGCAGGGAUCCCCUACCACCUCGGCCCCGCUGCCCAAGUCAGUCAGCUUGCCUUGCCAUAGCUUGGAAGACCCAGACCUCUCCACCCUUGAGUCUUUCCUUGGCCCCUCUUUCACAGUAGAGUCCGUGUUCAUGGACUCCAUCUUUAGUGAGUCCACGAGCAAAAACCUCCCCUUCCUCUCUCUUAACCCGACCCUAGUCAGCAACAUCAGCGGGCCCCCUGUUGCCAAUAAAGGCCACCCUCAUUCUAACCCCAGCCUUCCUCCAACCCAAACCCAAACCCCCCCCCAUAGCCAGUCAAACGGCCAGAUGAGAGCUAACCCUUCCAGUCCCAGAGAGUAUGACCAGGGUGCUGAUCCUCAUCAUAGGAUCGAUUCGGACCAAUCACCUCCACUUAGCCCCGAGGACAACCAAUCUCUGUGGUAUGAGUAUGGGUGUGUGUGAAUGACAAGGAAGGGUCUGGCUUGCUGGUGUAUGUGCCAGAGACUUAAAGGAUGGAUACAUGACUGGACACCUCCUCUGCAUGUACUUAUCAGAGCACUAUCUAUCUCUCUGUGCUGUAUUUGUUCCGUUCUUUUCUGUUUGCCAUGGUGCUGAUUGGUGAAUCACUUUUUUGUUUCCUUUUUUUUCGGUCAUCUCCCCACCCUCUGCAGUUCUGACCUGUACUGUCCUGUUUUGUUCUCUGUGGUGGGACUUUGACUUUCACGAAUGUUCUACCGUCCAGCCUUCACCACAUUGUUUCCUCAUCCGAUCUCUGUUUGGCGGGCUAACACUGUACAAGACUAUUAUCUGCAGUAUUGUGUUAAUGUUUGGCGGUCGAGGCUUAGCAUUAUGUCUGUUUAUAGCACCAGUCUUCAAUAUUGUUUGAGAACUUAAACCAGAAUUGAAAUUCCCGUGUCUCUGAAACAUGCUGAGUCACUGCAAAACCAGCACUAUUGUAACUGGGAACCAUAAAAAGCAACUGAAUCUCACAAUGGUAGGAAUUGCUGUCUGCUGCGUAAAGGAAGGAGUGGAGUGGUUUGACAGAGCUCCUGUUUGUGGAAGAGAGUGAACAGCCGAUAAAAGAUCUAUUUAGGGAAUGCGUCUAUGCCUCAUAGACCUCUAAACCUUUAACCUAAAAUCUUUAAAGAGAUAACCUGACGUUUUGAUUCUUAGUCUGCUAUUUUUGUUUCGACAUUUAUCAAUCAGGUCCCACUCAAAACUGGUUGCCAUAUUGCUCUGAUGCCCAGUGCAAGUUAAUGAUUCAACUUUUGUGUUUUUAAUCAGGGGUUAACUAAAGAGCCAGUUUAUCAAUGUGUCAGAUAAUAGAUUCACCUCCUGCAUCCUUUUUUUUUUUUUUUUGGGUGUUUUGAUGUAUGGGGAUUUUUUUUUUCUCACAGUUUUUUUGCAUUCAACCUAAUUCUGCUGAAUCGAAGCAUUAUCCACUAAACUGCAUGGCUUUAUUGGGUCUGAUCUGGACCGCUCAUUUUGAUCGCUGUGAUCAAAAUGGUUAACGUCUCUUGGUUUUUCUAUCGAUGGCAUUCUAUGUGUUUUGUUUUUGUGCAUUUGACACCUUUUUCCUGUAUAUUUUCUUUUCUUUUUUUUUUUUUUUUUAAUACCUUGACCUAAUUUAGAACAUAUGUCCUGGGGACGGUUUCUUACUGAAUUAAUGAACUGUUGACUGAAUGAAAAGGCUUCAUUCCCAAAAUGAUCUGAGAGACGGUUAUAGUUGGCGAAGUGGACGUUGAUUGAGAAGCGGAAUAUUAAAGAGCGAGGAAUAUUAAAUUGGGGAUAGAGUUAGCUAAAAAGUGAGGCAAUGAAGUAAGUUGAAAGCAGUGGCAAGAUUAUUUUGUGAAUGAAGCAAACAGAAUUUCAUUUUGGGAUUGGGAAACAUUUAUAUACCCAAUGCCUAUGUGCACCGCAACUUCUGAAUGGAUAUUUGAUUAUUUUAUGUAUUUUAGACUGACGAGAUCUUGUACAGAUUGUUGUAAGCAUUAUUAAGUUAUAUUCAAAGACAAGCACUGCUUUACGCGCCAGUAUACCAGCAGUAGUAGUGUCCAACGCUGUAGCCUAGAUCCUUAUUUAUUUAUGCUUUGGUUUUCUAUAGCCGCUGUUUUUUGAAUUUGCUUCAUCGUAUUUAUCUUAACCUCCAGUGUGCAGGUGUGACGUUGUUGAAAACCCCUUCUUUGCAGCAUGCCGUGCCUCCGGAUGUAACGUACGCAUUGCCUUUGUCCUACAGAUGUGGAGGGCAGAAAGUCUAAAAGCAAGAGCGGGGAGCCACAGCAAAGCUCCUAAGCCCCGCCCCCCCCCCCGUCUCCCUCGUCUGUGUGCCACCAUGCUGUGAGCGCGUGGUGAGUGAGCGCUGCCCUGCAACAGUCAAGGGGGAGCGGGAGGUUGUGUGUGUGUGUGUGUGUGUAUGGGGGGGGUGGGUGGUAGGGGUUGAAGUUGGGGGUGCUGUCUCCAUGGGAACCUCAAAUAUGGUGUGGCAGAUGUCGUCCGUCCUGGCGUGCACUUGCUUCCCCUGCUUCUCUAAGCUGUUACACCCCCUCAACCCCCCACCCCACCCCUCCCUCCCUUCCUCCCGUGUCCCCUGUCCCGUCCAACGCCCCCGCCGUCCCGCCGCGGCGCCAAGCGCCCGUUUCGCUGAGCUUUGACGGGACCCCGGUCUGCAUGGCAUAUGGGCUUUUUUUUUUUUACCACAGGAGUUGAACGCUUUGCCUGUUUAUGUGCCCGAACCCCCCCCCCCCCGGCAGGGAAGUUCUCUGACUCCGCCCCCUUCCCUGCGCGGCGCUCGCUCCAUGUGUUGUCAGUAACAGUGACUGCUGAUUGUUACGUGUUCUCCACUGUGGGGGGGGGUUGGGAGGUUCCUCUGCUGUUAAGGCUGCUUGGUGGUCCCGCAGUACUGCAUGGCUUCACUGUAGCACUGAAAUCCGCCCCCCCCCGCCCCUGUUCCCUACUCUGCCAGUGCAUGUAGAGUCAGGCCGGCUGCUGUCCUCCGUGUCCACACCCCUGGCUGUCUUUCUGUCUUCACUGAUGCCACUUCUGAUCUUGAACCUGUCUCGGUCUCUCUUUUUUCUGUCUUUCUUGUCUGUUUUCUCUCUGCUUCUUCGCCAUUCUAAUCCUUUUCUCUUUUCUUCUCUUCAUUUCCCACUCUUCUCUGCCUGCCUGGGACUCAGAGAGAAAAGUGACCUUGGAGCUGUGUGUCUGAAGCCUAGUAGAGUUAAUCUGCUGAGACCGUCUGCAGUGAGAAAAAGAUUGUAUAUCUCAGUUCCUGUUUUUUUUUUUUUUUGGUUUGUUUGUUUUGUUUUGUUUUUUUUUCCCAACCCAGGACACUUCAGUAGAGAAAAAUUACGUCCUUCUCUGUUUUGUUUUUCUUCCUUGAAUCAAGGAAACAACAGAACACUACUCUUAAAAAAAUGUUGAGGUGACACUUUUUUCUAUAAGGGACUGCCGUGGCAAACUGCACUGCCAUGUGUCCUUUGGUGUGACGGACUGAGAGAUGUGCACUAGUCUCUACAGACUAAAGUUACAGUGCCAACGUUCACACACAGCCAAAAAGGGCCAUCUCACACCCCAGACCCUGAGGACACCAUUUUGGAUCCUCUGUGCGACUUCAGAACCGGCUGGACUUUUUUUUUUUUUUUGCCCGCUGCCGUUUGAUGAUGAUGAUAACAUUUAAAAAAAAAAAAAAAAAAAAAAAAAAAAUCUUUUUGUAAAUGCGCAGCAUGCACAAGCAACGACAACAUCUGUACUGUGGAACAAGUUGAGGGCUUCCACGUUCAGUCAAGCCCGUGCGAACAUUUCAAAGCAUGUCAACUCAAACAGCUACUGCGAUAAAGUCAACCUACCACCAGACUGACUAAUCACAAUCUGCAUGGAGCAAUCAAUCAGCCAAUCACCCCGCUCCCCUUGUCCAAUCAAAUUAAGAGGACAGUGCUUUGUGGUGGGGGGUGUUUGUCAUUAGGAUGCCAAAAUGACUCGGACGGGAAGCCAUGGAAAUAGUGCGAUUGGUGUUUAUUGACUGCUAAUCAUACAUGGAGGUUGUGUGAUCUGAAACAAGAGACUAUGGGAUUAUGGGAACGUUCCAGGUCACCUGUAUUGCAGUUGGGAGGCCACUCUCGCCACCACAGAACCAAACCCUGAAGAAAAUCCUCCAUAAGCCUCCAGUUGAACCGGAUUAUCUCAUUAUGUAUCGUUUGAAAGGCAAAGCUGACUUAAGAGCUACCCCGCUUUGAAAAGCCAAGCCGAGCACAUAUGACAUCCAUUAACAUGACAUCAUCACUACACGACGCCCAUCUGCUGUCCGAGGUGGCACUCAGCAGUGUUGUACAUGAAAGUGACUGGAGUAUAGGUGGUCUGGAACACAACCCAGUUAUGUACAGAACAUGCCCACAUUCAGAUUUGUGUUGCUGUGAUGAACAUGAUGAUGAUGAUGAUGAUGAUGAUAAUGACGAUAAUGAUGAAAACCCAGUGUUUGCUUCCUUUUCCACUUUUACAUAAAUCCAUUUGAUGUGAUUAAACUUCAGUCAGGA